UGAGGGCGGAAAUACGUCAUCGCCAGAAACUGCUGGCGGAACCGUCUAACCCGGAACUUGUUACUGAAGCGUGCUGACCUACUGGCGGAAGUAGUCACGGCGUAAGAACUACUGGCGGAAGUACCUGCGGUCUGCGUGUGUGAGGAUGCUGCUGUUUUGCCCAACUUGUGGCAACGUGCUAAUAGUGGAAGAGGGGCAGAAGUGCUAUAGGUUCGCCUGCAAUACCUGCCCCUAUGUGCACAAUAUCAACCGCAAGGUAACCAGCCGAAAAUAUCCUAAACUUAAGGAGGUUGAUGAUGUUCUUGGUGGAUCAGCGGCAUGGGAGAAUGUAGACUCGACUGCAGAAACCUGUCCAAAGUGCGAGCAUCCUAGAGCUUAUUUCAUGCAGAUCCAGACCAGAUCUGCCGACGAGCCAAUGACUACGUUUUACAAGUGUUGCAAUAUACAGUGUGGUCACAGAUGGAGAGAUUAACCAUUCCCCCUUAUGAAUUAUUCCUUAGUCUAUAAUGUUAAAUGAAAAUUGCUAUGUGUAAAAACUUUAUUAAAUUGUUUAAAGCCUGUUAUUGAAGGUUUUUUUUUUCUGUAAUAGUAUUUCCCUAAAACCUAAAAAUAAAAAUCUACUAAGGUAUGCCUUUUGUUGCUGC